UGUUGAAGUAAGCAUUAGGUGCCUUCCCAUAAAAAAUGAUUAUUUAAUAUAAAAAUAUGAAGAAUAAAAUAAUAAUUUUUAUUAUUAAGAAUGAAUAUAUAUCUAAAGAGACCGAAUUGAAAGAGAAAGAGAAGAGAGAUUAAGAGAGUAAAUAAAAAGAUGAGCAGUGUUGAGAAGAAAGUAGUGUGUGUGACAGGUGCAUCAGGAUACAUAGCUUCUUGGCUUGUUAAGCUUCUACUUCAAUAUGGUUAUACUGUCCAUGCCACUGUUCGAGACCCAAAUGAUGAAGACAAAGUAGGGCAUUUGUUAAAACUGGAGGGAGCCAAGGAGAGGCUACACAUAUUUAAAGCCGAUUUGAUGGAAGAAGGAUCUUUUGAUUCGGCUAUUUCUGGUUGUCAAGGAGUUUUCCAUACCGCUUCUCCUGUCGAUUUCAAUGUCAUAGAUCCCCAGGUAGAUGUAAUCGAUCCGGCAGUGAAGGGAACACUGAAUGUUCUUAGUGCAUGCAAAAGAGAUUCUUCGGUAAGAAGAGUGGUUUUGACAUCUUCUACUGCAGCAGUUCUAUUUACAGGUCAACCUCUUGAACCUGAUGUGGUGGUGGAUGAAACUUGGUUUUCUAAACCACAAUAUUGCGGCAAAUACCCUAGCAUGAAGUGGUAUAUCAUAUCAAAAACUUUGGCCGAAGAGGUUGCGUGGAAGUAUGCCAAAGAAAAUGAUGUUGACUUGGUUUCAAUAAACCCAGGAAUGAUCCUUGGUCCAAUGUUGCAACCAAAACUCAAUGAUUCUUCAACUGUCAUUUUGAACUUGGUCAACGGCGCACAAGUAUAUGCAAAUGUGGCGUUACCAUGGGUGCACCUCCAAGAUGUUGCGGAAGCUCAUAUUCGUGCAUUUGAGCUUCCUUCAGCCAACGGAAGGUACUGUUUGGUCGAAAGUGUGCGGCAUCAUGCUGAAAUUGUCGGCAUGUUACAUGAAAUCUAUCCUUCUCUUGAAUUUCCUAAUAAGUGUGGUGAUGAUGAACCGUUGAUGAAAACAUUUAAGUUUUCAAAAGAUAAAGCAAAGAGCCUUGGCAUUCAAUAUAUUCCUUUCAAGAAGGGUCUCAAGGAUACCGUUGAAGAUCUAAAGGAGAAAAAAAUUAUACGUAUUCCUGAUAAUUGAUAGAGGAUGGGAAUGACAAUUUUACCCUCAUUGGGUUGCUAAGAUUACUGCUGCUCAUUUAUGUUUAUAUUUUAAUUUGUGUUCUACAAUAAAAAGUACUUCUAUUGGAUAAUUAUUGCACAGUUUUUAUGUUGGUCAUUGGCAUGAUUCAAUAAAUAAUUAUUAAUCCUUUAGUUUCUAAA